CUUGCCAACGACUUUCUGACCCACUCCAUUUCCCGCGAAACGUACACAGCUUUCUCCAUUGAUGGCCAAGAAGCAGCACUUGGAUUCGACCUCCAACUCCGUUGCUUCCUCUGGGAGUGAGAGAGUCUCUCUCUUGAAUAAGGAGGAAAAGAGGAAAGCAGUUGAAGACCAAUCGGCUGAUGGAGUUGCAAUAGACCUUGAGCAUGGGGAUGCAGUAGAGGCAGCAAAUGUUGGAUUUUCUAGAGUAUUUUCACUGGCAAAACCUGAUGCAGGGAAGCUAGUUGUUGGCACCAUUGCACUCUUGAUAGCAUCCACAUCAAGACUUCUAAUUCCAAACUAUGGUGGUAUGAUAAUAGACAUUGUAUAA